UCGGCUGGAAGUGGCAGUCAAGGCGGUGCGCAGUUGAGUCAAGAGGAUAUUGCAAAACUGACUGCGGGACUCGGAUCGCUUGUUGGUGCUAUUCAAGGAAAAGCGACGGAUUACUUCCAGAAAAAGCCAGCUGAAGAAGAAAACAAGCCAAAGGAUGAGCCAGUAAUCGAUGACGUUGAGGAACAAAUUGGUAAAGUGGUUCUUCCUGGUUAUACCGGAUAUAAAGACAGUUCGACCGUAUCGAAGCCGAAGACAACCUGA